AUGGAUCUCAGUCUCGACGAUAUUAUCCAACGGAAUCGUAAACAGCCUCGUGGACGUGGUCGUGCACGUGGAGCCAAUCCAUUGCGUGGCGUACGCCGUGGUGGGAUUGCACGGAGGAGUACUGGUGGAGGAGCCCGUGUCUUGCCCGAAAAAUGGCAACACGAUAUGUUUCAAGGUGGUCGAGAUGGUAGACAGCCGAGUGUAUCCAACAAGCUGCACAUUUCCAAUCUCGAUUUCGGAGUCAGUAAUGACGACAUCAAUGAGCUUUUCCGUGAAUUCGGGGCUAUUCGAAGGGCGGCCGUGCAUUAUGAUCGGAGUGGUCGUUCGCUAGGCACAGCUGAAGUGGUCUUCCUAAAUCCUCUCAGUGCCACUAAAGCUCGAAGUCAUUAUAAUGGCGUUCCGCUUGAUGGUCGCCCAAUGGUGAUCCAGCUCGUUGGUGCAGCUUCUACGACCGAAAGCAUCCGGCCUCGAGUCACCCCUCCGCGACGGCGUGUUUCGGUACCUCGUGGACGUGGUAGCUUCAGUGGACGUCUUAGUGGUCGUGGGCGCGGACGUGGGCGAGCCCGGAGACCUGUGGUUACCAAAGAAGAGUUGGAUGCUGAGCUGGCCGCAUACAAUGCGAAGGACGCAAGUACUGUAAUCGAACUGACUGCCCCCGCGCUCUCUUCCAGGUUCCGACUGCGCACCUCUGGUGAUGCAGAGGCCGCUGCAGCUGGAUAUGCUGGGGUGGGCAUUGUAUUGAGCGAACGAGCGGAAGCGUCUCUGCUUGAUUGGAUACCCGUAGACAGUCGCAUCUGUGCGGUUUGUUUGGCAACAUCG